AUGAUCAGCCCCGACUUGGCCGAAAUUGAACGUGUCAUCUCGGGCCUCGAACAACGCUACGGCGUCAAGCGCCUCGGCCCGGCAGAGUACAUCCUCGGCAUGCAGAUCAGGCGACUCGAAGACGGUUCUAUUGCCCUGUCCCAGGAACGGUACAUCAUGGACGUGCUUGCUCGGUUCCACUUCGACACCACGACUCGCGGCACUACAGUCCCGAUGACCCCGGCCUUUCGCUCACCGCCAUCCCGGGUCAAGGCACCGAACGGAUCAGGUCAUGGUAUCUGCAGGCUAUCGGCUCGCUCCUCUACAUUUCGCUCGGCACCCGCCCCGACAUCGCCUUCGCCGUGUCCUACCUGGCCCGCUUCGCCAACAACCCUGGACGUCGUCACUGGAUCGCGGUCAAGCACAUCCUCCGCUAUCUCCGGGCCACAUAUCGCGACGAACUGGUUUAUGCUUGCGGCGAGACACGCAUCACGGGCGUGGUUGGCUACUCCGACGCGAACUGGGGGGCCUGCGUCGAUACGUCGGUGUCCACUAUGGGCUACGUCUUCUACAUUGCCGGAUCCGCCGUGUCUUGGUCGUCCAAGCGUCAAUCUCGAGUUGCCGAUUCUACCACCGACGCUGAAUACCUCGCCCUCUCGCAUGCUGGCAAGGAAGGGAUCUACCUCAGUCAGCUGCUCGAGGAGCUCCAUGUCCAACCUGUUGCACCGGCUCACAUUUUUACUGACAAUGAAGCCGCUGCCGCAGUUGCCCACGACCCUGUCCGCGUCUCCGGCACUCGACACAUACGCUUGCGCGAGCACUUUGUUCGGGACAUGGUGAAUCGGGGCGAUAUCUCACUCUCGCAUGUGGGAACCAGCAACAUGGUGGCCGACAUCUUCACAAAGCUCUUGGCCCAAAGAUUUUCUCGACACACUGCUACGCACUAGGCCUUCGCACUCGACACCCACGGCUUGGAUCUGCCUCGCAUUCGCGUGGGGGGGGGUGUGAAGAGUCCACUCUCAGCUCGACAGGGCGCCUCGGUCGUUGCGCGCGCCUGCUAGCCUGGCCCUGUGGUGGGGACUUAGGCGCGCGCGAGUGCUCAGCGCGCCGGCGCCGGCGGUUUCGGGCGGCCGCCGCUAGCCGCCCUUGCAGUGGGACUUAG